AUGUGCUCCCCCCAUGCUGCACCCUGCUCCCCCCAUGCUGCACCAUGUGCUCCCCCAUGCUGCAUCAUGUGCUCCCCCAUGCUGCACCAUGAGCUCCCGCCAUUCUGCACCAUGUGCUCCCCCAAUGCUGCACCAUGUGCUCCCACCAUGCUGCACCAUGUGCUCCCCCAAUGCUGCACCAUGUGCACCCCCAUGCUGCACCAUGUGCUCCACCCAUGCUGCACCAUGUGCUCCCCCCAUGCUGCACCAUGUGCACCCCCAUGCUGCACCAUGUGCUCCACCCAUGCUGGACCAUGUGCUCCCCCCAUGCUGGACCAUGUGCUCCCCCCAUGCUGCACCAUGUGCUCCCCCCAUGCUGCACCAUGUGCUCCCACCAUGCUGUACCAUGUGCUCCCACCAUGCUGCACCAUGUGCUCCCACCAUGCUACACCAUGUGCUCCACCCAUGCUGUACCAUGUGCUCCCCCAAUGCUGCACCAUGUGCUCCCCCAUGCUGCACCAUGUGCUCCCCCAAUGCUGCACCAUGUGCUCCCCCAUGCUGCACCAUGUGCUCCCCCCAUGCUGCACCAUGUGCUCCCAUCAUGCUGUACCAUGUGCUCCCACCAUGCUGAGGCCCUGUGCCCAGGGCCAUGCCUGGGGCUGUCGUGUGGAGUGUCCCCAGCUCCAGGCCACUCUGGUGGGACUUUCCAACCCCAGCACAGGUCUCUCCUGGGGCUUCAACCACCACACUCACCCCAUCCUGGGCCUGAGUAUGGAUGGGUAG